AUGCACAAUAAGAACCAACAGUCUAAAGCCUCAUCUAGCCCAAAGAUUCAUAUCCGCACUCAUACCGACGAAAGGCCUUAUGUAUGUAAAGUGUGUGAAAAAGCGUUCAGAUUACCAGGUAAUCUGCGGAAUCAUUCGGAAUCGCACAAUAAGGAUCAACAGCAUCGGUGCCCUCAUUGUUCAUCAGAGUUCGCAUUCUCAUAUCGCCUAAAGAUUCAUAUCGGAACACAUACCGGCGAAAGGCCAUACCAGUGUGAAUUCUGUGACAAAGCCUUCAGGUCGGCAAACCAACUAGCACGACACUCCAAAAUUCACAACAAGGAGCAACAGCAUCAGUGUCGUCAAUGUCCGUCAAUGUUCGCUCGGCUUUCUCAAUUGAAGGUCCACAUCCGUACUCACACUGGCGAAAGGCCAUACCAGUGUAAAUUCUGUGAUAAAGCGUUCAGGUCGACAUUCUCUCUGACACAACAUUCGAACAUGCACAAUAAGGACCAACAGCACCAGUGUCCUCAUUGUUCAUCAAAGUUUCCCCUUUCAUCAUUGUUAAAGACACACAUCCGCACUCAUACCGGCGAAAAGCCGUACCAGUGCAAAGUCUGUGACAAAGCAUUCCAUUCAUCAAAGACACUAGCACAACACUGGAAAAUUCAUAAUAAGGACCAACAGCAUCAGUGUCCUCAAUGUCCCUCAAU